AUGAAACUAACGAAUUCUGCUGUAGUCUUGUGGAGCCUCUAUGUUUAUGCUCCCAACAAAGGAGCACCUAUCUUCUUUACUAUUGCCUAUGCUUGCUCUGGAGCUGGUCACCUUUGGCAGUGCUAUCACCACAAAGCCUUCAGGCUUAUGGGACUGCACCCACUCUGUGCUCUGAUGUUUGCGCUCGGGUACGCCCUGCGAGAAUGGGGAGCCUAUAAUUACCUCUAUACCGGUACAGCAACUACCUUGAUCCUAUACAUCCUCAGCCAAGUCUUCAUAUAUGUGGCUCCGCCACUACUCGAGCUCGCCAACUAUCAUGUCCUUGGCCGCAUGUUCAGCUACGCCCCUUCUUUCGCCCCCGUGCCCGCCGGUACAGCACGAACGGUUUUCAGCCUGCUGAUGAUAGUGGUCGAGACCGUCAAUUCGUUGGGUGUGGCACUUGCUGCCAAUGUGCAUAGCACUGAGCAAAGCCUAGGCAGAGUCCUCACGCUGCUGGCACUCUCGUUGCAGCUUUGCAUCUGCGUCUCAUUUGUGGUGCUGACGGCCUGGUUCCAACGGCGGUGCAGAAAAGCGGACGCACACGCCACCAUCUCAACACCUCUGAGGGCUCUCACGCCAGUGCUGCGGCAUGAAUGGUUCUUCUACAUCUUCGAGGCGACUCUCAUGCUCAUCAACUCCAUCAUCUGGAACAUCUGGAGCCCAGUUCGGUAUCUGCCUAACGACACCAGCCUGUACCUGUCGCAGGACGGCACCGAGCUGCUUCAGGCACCAGAAGUUGACGAUUCGGACGAUCGACCACUGAUAAUGAAGAUUGCAUGUGUGUUGACCUUUGGCUUGUUCUUUCGAGGAAAGAAGCAUUACGUUCCCCGCCGCACGACCUCUGAAUAUCCGCUCACAACUCGUCAGAACUGA